CUCCAAAAUAUUUAUUAAUUUAAAUUUUUCCAACUACGCCAUUGGUUUUAAUACCGCAAAAUACUCAAAGAAAUACCAAGAAUCCGAAGAGAAGGCAGUCACACCUGCACGCAACUCUAUUAUUUUCCUUUCUCAACUCGAUGAAAUUCUGACUUUCAUUUCCUAAAUCGUAAAUUGUGAAAUACAGAUACCUUCAAAAUGUCGCGCCACAGAAUAGUCCGCACCAUGGACUACAACGACGAGUACGACGGGUACGACGACAUCUACGGGCAUUCCGUGGAGGACGAUCACUGCAUUUCGCCCACUGAUGCGCAGCAAUGGCUCUAUGAUCGUGCUCGCGGCCAGCAGAGCAUCUCGGCGUUUAUCAGCAAGAACAAGGACAUUCAGGAGGAAGAGGACAACGAGGAAGAGGACGAGGAAAAGGCUUUUGAGAAGGCACGGCGCGAUUCCGAAAGUUUCCAGAUGCCGCAGCUGGACGAGAUUGAGCAGGCGAAGUUGAGUUCUUGCGUAGACGAGGUGCGCAGCGUAGUGGGCGAUGCUGUCUCCGAGCGCCGCAUCGUGGAGACCUCCAUGAAGUUCGGCUACGACAUGCAGAAGAUCCUAGACGAGAUCCUCAACGAGGAAAGCAAACAGUCUGCCAAGCCCGCCCGCAUUAAGGUGCCUGCUGUCCCAGUGGUGCCAAAAUCCUCAAGCAAAACGGCGCCAACGCCGCCGCCAAAGAUCAGUUUAAAGGAGCCCCGUCGUGGCUUUGAAAUAGCGUCGCCCAAGGUGCCCUCGUCGCCAGUUGUCUCCGGCAGAAACACACCUGUGGACAUUGGCGGCGAAGACAAUUCACGGAGCUCGACGUCCCUCUUUAAGGUGUCCAAGGAGCAAGCCGUGCGCAAUGCCCGCCAGCUUUACGAAAAGGAGCGAGCCGAUCAGAAAAGCCACAUCCACAUGAUUGUGAUUGGCCACGUGGACGCCGGGAAGAGCACACUGAUGGGCCAUCUACUCUACGACACCGGAAAUGUCUCGCAGCGCGUGAUGCAUAAGCACGAGCAGGAGUCGAAGAAGCUGGGCAAGCAGAGCUUUAUGUACGCCUGGGUUCUGGACGAGACGGGCGAGGAGCGAGCCCGUGGCAUCACGAUGGAUGUGGGUCAGUCGCGCAUAGAGACCAAGACAAAGAUCGUUACUUUGCUGGAUGCUCCGGGUCACAAGGACUUUAUUCCGAACAUGAUAUCCGGAGCCACCCAGGCGGAUGUGGCUCUCCUGGUGGUGGAUGCCACGCGAGGGGAGUUCGAGUCUGGAUUUGAGCUUGGCGGACAAACUCGCGAGCAUGCUAUUCUAGUGCGAUCCCUUGGUGUAAAUCAACUGGGAGUUGUCAUCAACAAACUGGACACCGUUGGCUGGUCACAGGAGCGAUUCACGGAGAUUGUAACAAAACUUAGGUCCUUCCUAAAGCAGGCGGGAUUCAAGGAGUCCGAUGUAAGUUUUACACCCUGCUCCGGGCUAACCGGCGAGAAUCUCACCAACACAGCCCAUGAAGCCGCUUUGACCAGCUGGUACAGCGGUCCGCAUCUGCUGGAUGUCAUAGAGAACUUUAAGAUCCCGGAGCGAGCCAUCGACAGACCGCUGCGUAUGUCCGUUUCGGAUAUUUACAAGGGCACUGGUUCUGGAUUUUGCAUUUCGGGACGCAUAGAAACCGGAGUGCUUUGUCUAAACGACAAGGUUUUAGUGGGAGCCAGCAGAGAGCAGGCGCAAGUCAAGUCGCUGACCAUGAACGAAUUCCCCCAGACAAGUGUUUUUGCCGGCGAUCAGGUCUCCGUGACGCUGCCCGCCUUGGACAUCAACAACGUGACCGUCGGCUGCAUAAUCUGCGAUCCCCAGAUGCCAAUUCCGGUGACGACGCGUUUCCAGGCUCGCGUCAUUGUGUUCAACGUCAAAGUUCCCAUAACGAUGGGAUUCCCCGUGCUCCUGCACCACCAAUCUCUGAUAGAACCCGCCGUUGUAUGCAAGCUAGUCGCAUCCAUCCACAAGAGCACUGGCGAAGUAGUUAAAAAGAAACCGCGCUGUCUGGGCAACAACUCCUGCGCCCUGGUGGAACUGGAGACCAGCAGACCCAUUUGCAUUGAGCGGUAUGCGGACUUCAAGGAGUUGGGACGAGUUAUGCUGAGGGUAGCAGGCGUCACGAUUGCCGCCGGAAUGGUCACUAAAAUCCGCUGAAACGGAUGCCAAUGCUGAAUUUUGUACGAAAUUUUAGUUAGAUAUUCAUUAUUGUUGUUUUGCUAAAUAUACAUAGUUUAUAUGAAUUGAUAAAACCGGAAAGGCGUUGGAGCAGUGAUAUUGACUAGAAAAAGCGGAGUCUGAAUAAUUUACGGGCCACACAAAAAUUAAAUUUAAAAUUAACUUGUUUAAAAACAGUUAAUCUACUGGAAUUUUAUAUUUUGUUAAUAUUAAUCAUUUAAUGAAACAUUGAAAACUUUAAUAACUGUGUAAUUUUUAAAUAACAAGUUUGAUUUAUGCAAUAUUUGUUAUAAAAAAUUGUAUGCUGGAUUCGCUCUACAAAUAACUGCUGUAGAAAAAUAAAACACCAAUAAAACAACAGAGAUUAAAAAACUAA